AUGGGAUCGAAUACUUCGGCGACAAAACAUUUCUUGGACGUGCUGAAGCCGUUUCAACGACGAGCAAUUCGGAAGCUAGAGCUACACCUGCUCGCAAGUGUGACGGAAGCAUGGUCUCUGAGGUCGAUUCUUAGGUCAAUAGCGGGCGUGAUGGGGACGAACGGUGACAGUGACUUGGUGAAGAGCAGUGGUGGCGCAGACAUCGAAAUUGGCUGGAACGAAAGAGAAAAGGCCGACCACAAGUCCGCAAAGGACUCAGACGACUGGGGCGGCGGCUGCAGCUUGCGAGAAUUGGCAGUGCAUGUCACAACGCGAGAUCUGCUGUUGGCACAGGCCGACUCAAUGGUGGGAUUGCUGCACAUCCUGACAAUUGCUCCUUCGUCUCAGGAUCGACCGUCAACUGCAUUCGCCUGCGCGGCAUCCUGGGUCACUGAAGGUCUUGUCUUCCUCAAGUCCCUCCAGAAAUUGACCAUUGUGAUCGAGUCUAGUGUCUCCGUCGCCACGCAAGUCACUAGCGCCGAGAGAAGGCACUUUGAGCUGGCACUCAAAUUGUCCUUGUCGUGCGUCAACGUGACUGUCGAAUGGAGAGUGCAGAGAGACAUGAUUCUCGGCAUGGAUGACAGCGAAUGGGUGGACUUUGUCUGGCUGCACGACUCGACCAUAUCUGCGCAAGGGCAGGGGGGGACUGAGCCUGCGAUGGGACGGAAAGUCGGGUUCUCCAGUUGGACGAGCAUCCUGUCGCAAUCUUGA